UAAGGUUAUCAUAUUACUCUUGUCGAUUAUUUUGUCAAUGAUUUCAUUUCUACAUGUACAUACCGUGUAAUUUUGCGACUGUCGAUAUUUCAAAAGAAGACAAUAUUGUUGUCCAUUCAUGAUCAGGCCAUUUUAGGAAUAUAUAUUCUAAUGUACAAAUCUCAAACUCUGCGGCGGCUUCAAAGCUGUUCCAAGACAUAUGUCAAUUCGAGAUGCGCCUAUGCUACCACUUCUUAUAGCACACCCGCGCCAUAUGCCUCCAGAUUGACGGAAGAAGAUAUCAACCGGGCCAGGACAUAUUGUUCCAAUCUUAUCCAGUUAGUCCUGCGAGUUUUGUGAGUUUUUCAAACCCCCAUGUCUAAUCGAUUCUAGAAAAUUUGAUUCGCCAUCAUAUACUCUACAGACAUUUAUUCCUCCCUCAACAAGAGAUGCCUACCUUUCCAUUCGUGCUCUCAACAUUGAAUUAGCUCGAAUACCAGAUAUUGUCUCAAAUCCAACUGUCGGAGCAUUGCGAAUGCAAUUCUGGCGAGAUAAUUUGAAUCGAACAUUUGCCAAUACGCCUCCAAAAGAACCUGUCGCUAUUCUUCUACAUCAUGCGCUCACAUCCCUUCAAUCGCGAUAUGAUGGAAUCAGCACAAGUGUGAUGAAAGGAUGGUUCAUGAAAGUCAUCAAUGCGAGAGAGCAAUAUAUGGAUAAUCGACCUUAUACAAAUAUGGAUGCGGUUGAGAUGUACGCGGAAAAUACAUAUUCUACGUUAAUGUAUUUGACAUUAGCAGCUUUACCUCUUCAAUCUAUGGCAGCAGAUCAUGUUGCAAGUCAUAUUGGUAAAGCGGCUGGAAUUACUGCAGUCUUAAGAGGUUUGCCUCUGAUAGCAUUUCCGCCGCCACCAAAUCAUCAUAGCAACAAUGCAGCUUUUGGGGGUGCUCUUGGUGGUAAUGCUGGAGGACGUCAAGGUGCAGUUGUUCUGCCAUUGGAUGUUAUGGCAAAAGCUGGUGUCAAAGAAGAAGAUGUUUUAAGACAUGGAGCUGAAGCUCCUGGGUUAAAAGAUGCUAUAUUCACAGUGGCAACAAGAGCGAAUGAUCAUUUGAUCACCGCCAGGGAGAUGUUGAAGAAUCUCCAAGCAGGUAAAGAUGCAGGUCACGAAUUUGAGCAUCAAGGUGAGGAUGGUCACUACUAUGCAGAAAGUGAGAACACCGAAGUUAGCGAUAUUGAAAGAGGAUUUGGCGUCUUCAUGCAAGCAGUUCCUACGAGAUUAUGGCUAGAAAAACUAGAAAAGCUAGAUUUCGACAUAUUUAGGCCGGAACUGCUGGCAAGAGAAUGGAAAUUACCAUACAAGGCAUACUGGGCAUAUACUCGACGAAACUUUUGAUGUAAUAGUAUCAACAAUGAAGAUUUUAAACUAAUGAUACUUAAUCCUGCUGCGCCGAAA